AUGAGACCACUUAAAACAGGCGAAAACCCUCCAGCGAAUUCUAAAAGCUCUAAUGAAAUUUGUGAAAGUAUGGGCGCUAAACUUCCAUUCAUAGGCACAAAACAAAAGGCAACAGCCAUCUCGAAGUUUGCGAAAGAUGCAACGGGUUAUGGUCAUCCGAUUUUCUACAUUACUGAGUCUUCAACCAACGCAGUUCCUACGUGCCAGAAACUUCUUCCUUUUACUGUGAGGAAUGAAACCGUUAUGAAUGGCGGGUAUAUUUGCAUGCACUUUAUUCCGGCAAAUGUUGCCCCUGUUCUGAUUUGCGAAAGAAGUUGUGACGAGAUGGAUUUUAGAGGAACAGUUUGA